AUGACAGACUUGGAGAAGAACUCCUUUGUGCUCUCAGCGAUUGGUCGACAAGCUGACUCGAAAAAGGAGACAUGCCCCGCCUAUUCAAUUGGCACCGAGGGCUAUACCGGACAAGGCUAUCGAGAGGUUCAAGCCAUGAAGGUGUUCCUUUCUCGAAAGCUCACGCAACGCAUUCAACAAGGGAGGACGGCACCAGGCCCUCACUAUGACGUGCCGAAGCACAUGGGCCGUGGUCCCGCCUUUGCCUUCCCCCAGGAGGAGCAACGCCCACCCCUGGGGGGGCCGUACUAUCCAGACUCCUCGGUGGACUUGACCUGUGCCACCGUGGAUAGCCAGAAGGUGAAGUUUGCCGGAUCGGCACACGCCUGUUUUGGGUCAGAGAUGCGGAUGGGCAUCCAGAAUGCGGAGAUCCUGGUGCGGAGCCCCGACCACCGGGUUGCUGUUUCAGAGCCGUUGGUGGAUCUGUGA